AUGCACGCGGGGCGUUCCUUGGCGAUCCUGAGCGCGGGGGAUAGGAGCACGGGCGGAGGGGGGAGCAUGGGCGGCGGGGGCUCCAUGAGCGGACGCGGAAGCACGGGCGGGCCGCGGAUUAAGCGGAACUUGACAGCAGCGCAAAUGUGGGUCGCUGAUGGGGCAUGGGAAGAAGGGUCCUUUUCCCUCCACCACUCUCCCCUCUCUCCUCGUCUACGCCCCAAGAACGAAAAAGGAAGAAAGAAAAGAAACCAAGAAGAAGAAAAAAAUGACCCGACUCUCCUUCCUCUCCCCCCACCCCGCCCGUUCGUUCCCAUCAGAUCGCAGCAGGCAACUGCAUUGCGGGAGGGGCGGACCAUGUGCGAGCUGCUGCGCGUGCAGCAGCGGGGCAAGGGGCGGCAUCUGCUCAUCAUGGCGCAUGGCUUCGGCGCCAACCAUGCUCAAUGGAAGGACGUGGUGGAGCUGAUGAGUCCUGACCGCUUCACACAAUGGAAGGACGUGGUGGAGCUGAUGAGUCCUGUCCGCUUCACAGUGAUGCUCUUUGACUUCAUUGGCGCACACGGCAUGGGGGAGCUUGUGAGGCGCCUCUUUCAUGACCCAUUCGAUCCGUUUGACUUGUUUAAUCAUAGGACCCAGCACGACCUGUGUGACCCUGAGUGGCUCACGUCGCCCCCCCCCACCUCCUUCCUCGUCCCACCCUGUGCCCCCAUAUUCUCCCCUCCCACCUCCCUCCUUCCCACCUCUCCCGGUUAUUCCACCCCACCCACCGCUCCCACCCCACCCGCCGCUCCCACCCCAUCCCCCCCUGUCCCUUCUCCCCUUCCCAGCGCCCAGUACGACCUGUUUGACCCCGUGUGCACCCAGUACGACCUGUUUGACCUUGUGCGCUGCGCGCCCCUCCCUCCCGCCCACCUCCUUCCUCGUCUCCCCAGCCCUCAUAUUCCCCCCCUCUCUCCCCCCGCCCGCACUCUCCCCCUCCCCCCCCCUUCCCCCUCCUCCCCCUUCCCCCUCUCCCCCCCCCCUCCACAGCACCCAUACGACCUGUUUGACCCCUACGACCUGUUUGACCCCGUGCGCUACGCGUCCCUCAAGGGCUUUGCUGAUGACGUGUCACUGCUGCUGGACGAGCUGGGGAUCCAGGCGUCAACCUCAUGGCAGGAGGUCACGUUCAUCGGGCACCAGCAGGCGGGCAUAGUGGGGCUGCUGCUCGCCCUGCAGAGGCCGGAACUCUUCCAUCGUGUCAUCACCCUCGCCUCCUCGCCCAGAGACCCGACCUCUUCCUCGCCCUUCCUUCCCGAGUCAUUACCCUUGCAGCCUUCCUUCCUCGCCCAGGUUGUUUCCACUCCACUCUUCCCCCUCCCCUCCCCUCCCCUUCCCUCCCCUCCCCUCCCCUCCCCUCUCCUCCCCUCCCCUCCUCUCCCCUCCCCUCCCCUCUCCUCCUUCUCCUGCCCCCCUUCUCUCUCCCCUCCAAUAUUACUCUCCGACGUAGGGUAUGCGGGAGGGUUUGAGCUGCGGGAUCUCGACCAGGUGUUUGGCGUCAUGCAGUCCAACUACACGGUGGGUGAGAUGGAAUCAAGGGGGGGAAAGGGGGCCAGGAAGUGCUGA